AUGCUUCAUUUAUACUUCAUCAGCCUCCACACAGCAGAUGGAUUCAUUCAUUUUCUAACGACAUGUUGUGAGUUUAACUCCUCAGAUCUGAAAGACAUCAAGCUCAUCAAGUCUUACUAUUACAACAAGGUGGAGUUCACCAGGUUCAGCAGCAGUGUGGGGAAGCAUGUUGGAUACACAGAGGUGGGUGUGAAGAUUGCAGAGUUCUGGAACAACAAUACUACACUACUGGCUGUGAUGAGGGCUCAGAAGGUGAGGUUCUGCCUCAACCACGCUAGGGUCUGGUACAAACAAAGGUAUUCUGCCUAA